GACAACAACACCCUGGAGGUGGACAUCUACAAAGGGGGGGUGGUUCUGGGUUGCUUCUUCGGCCCGGCAGCGCUCUACAUCUGGGCUGUGGGGAUCCUUGCAGCGGGUCAGAGCUCCACCAUGACCGGGACGUACUCGGGUCAGUUCGUCAUGGAGGGCUUUCUGAACCUGCGCUGGUCCCGUUUUGCCCGGGUCUUGCUGACCCGAUCCAUCGCCAUCAUUCCCACCCUGCUGGUGGCCAUCUUCCAGGACGUGCACCACCUGACCGGCAUGAACGACUUCCUGAACGUGCUGCAGAGCAUGCAG